AUGGCUUUAUGGAUCUGGACACUGAGCAUUUUGAGCUGUUUCUGCGUCACCUUAUCCAGAACUGAGGAACUGAAAUUUUUUCAGAGUGCUACAGAGCUAAAUCACCUAACAGUGGAUAAUGACACUGGGAUAAUCUAUCUGGGAGUGGUAAAUGCUCUGUAUCAGCUUACAGAAAACCUGGAUGUAAGAAGGUCUGUAGAAACAGGUCCAAGAAAGGACAACAAAAAGUGCACACCUCCCAUUGAUGAAAAUCAAUGUAAAGAGGCAGUACUGACUGACAAUUAUAACAAAUUACUGUUGCUGAACAAGGCGGAUAAAACAAUUGUGGUAUGUGGAAGCCUUUUUAAGGGAAUCUGUGCCAUCAGAGAUCUAGACGACAUUAGCAAUGUGAAGCAUUAUGUAGACACUAGUGGAGAAAAGUCCUUUGUAGCAAGCAACGAUGAGAAUGUAUCGACUGUGGGAUUGAUCACUUCCUUGAAUAACGACCGAGUGCUGUUUGUUGGGAAAGGGAAUGGACCAAAUGAUAAUGGGAUAAUAAUCAGCACUCGGCAGCUCUACGAAAGGGAUGGAAAAGACAUUUUUGAAAUGUACACAGACUCGGCAGCUGUUAAGUCAGCUUAUCACUCGUCAAGCACACAACAAUUUGUGGCAGUCUUUGAGGAUAAAAAUUAUGUUUAUUUUAUUUUUAAUCAGCAAGAGAAACAGCCCGUCAAUAACCGCACACUGAUUGCGCGUCUGUGCAAAGAUGAUGCCCAUUAUUAUUCCUACUUUGAAAUGGACUUGGGUUGCAAAGAUGAUGAUGGUGCCUACGACCACUGUCAUUCUGCUUAUGUCACUACACCAGGAGAAGAGCUGGCUGAGAGCAUGGCUCAGCAGAGGCAAACUACAGAUACUCUCUCAGAUGACAAAGUUCUUCUUGCACUCUUCAGCAAAGUAAACAAAGAUAACGGCUCUCUAAAAUCUGCCAUGUGUGUGUUUUCCUUGCGGCACAUCAAUGAAAAGAUGGAAAAAAACCGGAACGAUUGCUACACUAAAAAGAACACCAGCUCAUUUUACAAACUUUUUGCAACAGAAAACCCGUGUGCAUCACAUGGACUGAAUGCAAGCAAAAAUUUCCCCUGUGGCUCCGAACACUUGCCGUACCUUUUGGGAAGUAAGAAUGGUGUUAUAGAGAAGCCGGUACUACAAAAAGAAGGGAUGAAUCUCACGGCUGUCACUGUGGCUGUGGAGAAUGGGCAUACCGUGGCCUUUCUGGGAACAUCAGAUGGUAAAAUUCUUAAGGUGUUCCUGUCAUCCACUGCAACUGAGUACAGCUCUCUUACUAUUGAGCUAAACAAACCCAUAAAGAAUGACCUUGUCCUUGACCAAACCCAAGAAAAUCUCUACGUGAUGACCACAGACAAGGUGCAUCGGCUACCUGUGCAGGACUGCCACAAAUAUUCAGACUGUGAGAAGUGUACUCAAGCGAGGGAUCCGUACUGCGGCUGGUGCGUGAGAGAGGGCAGGUGCACAAAGAAGGCAGACUGUGGAGCAGCUGAUAAGGAGAACCACUGGCUGUGGAGUCCAAGUGGCACAUGCAUGACUAUCAUUAGUGCAAACCCUCUAAAUAUGAGUCGCAGAGCCCCUGCAAAGGACAGUGAUGUGGAACUGACUGUAAGUCCAUUGCCAGCUUUGACUGAGAGUGACGAGGUUUUCUGUACGUUUGGUGAAACAACCCACUCCGCUCAAUUAAAAGAAGGGGUUAUUAUCUGUGAUCCGCCCGAUAUAAUACCUCCAACACCAAAAGGUCAAGAUCAUGUUUCAGUUCCACUUCAGUUAACCUUUGGCAAGAAAAAGAUAUUUUUUGCAUCACAUACUUACCCUUUUUAUGACUGUGAAGAAGCAAUGUAUCUUUUUGAAAAUCAGCCAUGCUAUUCCUGUGCAAGCAAUAGAUGGAAUUGCCAGUGGGACUGGAAGAGACAUAUCUGUGAAGAGUCCUCUUCAGUACAGGAUGUGAUUAAACAAAAUAUGGAAGAAGAAUGCCCGCAGUUUCUAAACCCAAAUCUUCCAAUAAUACCUAUGGAGUACCAAACAAAGGUGUAUUUUGAGGGAAGACAUCUAGCUUAUUAUCAGGAUAAAACAUUUGUAGUUGGAAACAGACAAUUUCAAUUCGAAGCUCCUGUUGAUAAAUCAGCUGAAGAAGAAUUUUCAUUCAUGAGUAAAGAGUUCUCCUAUAGUGCAAAUGAAACCCUACAGCUUAACUUAUACAUAAGAACAGAUAAGGUCAAGAUUGACAGCAAACUUAUGGUGACUCUGUACAACUGCUCUUACGGACGAAACGACUGCAGCUUAUGCCUCGCAGCCCAUCGCGACUAUAAGUGUGUCUGGUGUGAAGAAGAUGGCAAGCCCAGCAAGUGCGUUUAUGAAAAACUCUGUCACGUUCCUCCCACCGACACGUGUCCUCAUCCAGAAAUCACUCGCAUUGAGCCAAAAACUGGACCACUAAGUGGUGGAAUUCUUUUGACCAUAAUGGGAUCUAAUUUGGGAAUAAAAGCAGAAGAUGUAAAAAAUAUAACAGUGGCAGACAAGGAAUGUCUUUUCAGAGAGGAAUUCUAUUCUGUUUCCACAAGGAUUGUAUGUCAAGUUGGACCAAUGAAUGAACCAAAACAAGGUGAAAUUGAAGUUAACAUCAACGGAAAAUUAGGUAAAUCACCGAGUGAAGUGCUGUUUACAUACCAGGAACCUCAUCCUUCUGGAAUAAGACCUGAAAGUGGUCCACAAGCGGGUGGAACCACGCUUACCAUCACUGGUACAAACCUGGCCACUGGUUCCAGGAAGGAUGUUCAAGUUUCAGUCGGUAGCCAGCCUUGCAAUGUCACUGAAUUUAGAGAUGAGAUCGUUUGUAUUACAGGACCUAAUAGCAAGGUUGAAGCUGUUGAAGUCAAAAUGGACUAUGGGGGCACGACAAUUAGUGUACCAGGGCGGUUUUCAUACAGUGAGAACCCUACUGUCACCAAGUUCCUGCCAGUAAAUAGCUUCAGCAGUGGAGGGAGAAACAUUACAGUAACUGGAACCGGGUUUGAGCUCAUCCAGACUUUCUCGUUGGUGGUAUAUGCAGAACGUCCAGAAGCAGGGAAACUGAAUCUCAAAAGGUUUGAUGGAAAGCUUGUUACAAGACUCAAUGAAACCACGGUGGUUUUUUCUUCCCCGCCAAUACUGGAAGACCCAGAAAACUAUAACAUUACCACAAUUAUUCUAAUGGAUCAUUAUCAUUUGGUUGUAAAAAAUGAGACCCACUCCUUUGCCUAUGUUGCAGACCCAACCUUUGAAAACUUCACAGAUGGCAUCAAAAAACAAGUCAACAAACUUAUUAAUGCAAAGGGCAGUAACCUGAACAAAGCCAUGACCAUAGAUGAGGCCCAGGCUUUUGUGGGUGAUGAGCCUUGCAACAUAAAAACACUAACUGAAACGGAUUUAUAUUGUGAGCCACCAGAAGUACAGCCUCAGCCAAAGAAACGACAGAAGAGAGAUACCAUCAAUAACCUUCCUGAAUUCAUUGUGAAAUUUGGACUCCGGGAAUGGAUCCUUGGGAGGGUGGAAUAUGAUACACGUGUGAGUGACAUCCCACUGAAUCUUAUUUUGCCACUGGUUCUUAUUCCUAUGAUAGCAAUCAUCGGCUUCUCUAUCAUCUGUUACAGACGCAAGAGCCAACAAGCAGAACGAGAGUAUGAAAAAAUUAAAUCACAACUUGAAGGCCUGGAGGAGAGUGUCAGAGACCGGUGCAAGAAGGAAUUCACAGAUCUAAUGAUAGAGAUGGAGGAUCAUACAAAUGAUAUCAAUGAAGCUGGAAUUCCAGUACUGGACUACAAAACCUACACGGACAGAGUCUUCUUCUUGCCCUCCAAAGACGGAGAGAAAGAUGUGAUGAUUACGGGGAAGCUGGAUAUUCCUGAGGCCAGGCGGCAGACUGUGGAGCAGGCUUUGAACCAGUUCUCCAACCUCCUCAAUAGCAAAUCAUUUCUCAUUAAUUUUAUUCACACGCUGGAAAACCAAAGGGAGUUCUCUGCUCGAGCUAAAGUGUAUUUUGCAUCUUUACUGACAGUUGCUUUACAUGGAAAACUAGAAUACUAUACUGACAUCAUGAGGACACUGUUCUUGGAACUGAUGGAGCAGUAUGUUGUGGCCAAAAACCCAAAGCUGAUGCUAAGAAGAUCUGAAACGGUUGUUGAGAGAAUGUUGUCUAACUGGAUGUCUAUUUGUUUAUAUCAGUACCUCAAGGACAAUGCUGGGGAGCCUCUUUAUAAAUUGUUCAAGGCUAUCAAACACCAGGUAGAAAAAGGCCCAGUGGAUGCUGUACUAAAGAAAGCCAAGUAUACACUGAAUGACACAGGCUUGCUGGGAGAUGAUGUAGAGUAUACACAGUUGACAGUAAAUGUAUAUGUGCAAGAUGGAGGAACCGAUUCCAUACCUGUGAAAGUGCUGAACUGCGAUACUAUAUCACAAGUAAAGGAAAAGAUAAUAGACCAAGUCUAUCGAAAUCUGCCGUGUUCUCAGUGGCCAAAAGCUGAGAGUGUAGUUCUUGAGUGGCGUCCAGGUUCUACUGCACAGAUCCUCUCAGACUUGGAUUUAACAUCCCAAAAAGAUGGCAGAUGGAGACGUAUCAACACACUAAUGCAUUAUAAUGUCCGAGAUGGUGCCACGCUCAUCUUAUCAAAAAUGGGAAUUUCCCAGCAGCCAGAGGAUAAUCAGCAAGAUGUCCCAGGGGAAAGGCAUGCACUCCUGGAAGAUGAAAAUAAGGUCUGGCAUCUAGUCCGGCCAGUAGAUGAAAUAGAUGAAGGUAAAUCGAAGCGGGGCAGCGUGAAAGAAAAAGAGAGGACCAAAGCUAUUACAGAAAUCUACCUGACCAGACUUCUUUCUGUGAAGGGGACACUUCAGCAGUUUGUAGAUGACUUCUUUCAUAGCGUGCUGAACUCGAACCACGUGGUGCCACCAGCUGUGAAAUACUUCUUUGACUUUCUUGAUGAGCAAGCAGAAAAACAUGACAUCAAGGAUGACGAUACCAUUCACAUCUGGAAAACAAACAGCCUGCCUCUUAGAUUCUGGGUAAACAUACUGAAAAAUCCCCAUUUCAUCUUUGAUGUUCACGUUCACGAAGUAGUGGAUGCUUCCUUGUCAGUCAUUGCACAGACUUUCAUGGAUGCUUGCACAAGAACAGAGCACAAAUUAAGCAGAGAUUCUCCGAGUAAUAAAUUACUUUACGCGAAAGAAAUCUCUAACUAUAAGAAAAUGGUGGAAGAUUACUACAAAGGUAUUCGUCAGAUGGUGCCAGUUAGUGACCAGGACAUGAAUACCCAUCUAGCAGAGAUUUCUAGGGCACACACCGACUCCUUAAAUACGCUUGUGGCUCUACACCAACUCUACCAGUAUACUAACAAAUACUAUGAUGAGAUUAUAAAUGCACUUGAAGAGGAUCCAGCUGCACAAAAAAUGCAGCUUGCCUUCCGUUUACAGCAAAUAGCAGCUGCGUUAGAGAAUAAAGUGACUGACCUUUGACUCAAAAGCCGCAAUAAAGAAAUCUGAUCUGAAGAUGUUCAAAUUCAUUCUUCCUGUUAAGGAAAUAGUGUUCUAUUUUUUAAUGUAUAAUUACAACUUUAAAUGAAAGAUUUCAUGGUUUUUUGAUAGCAGAGGUGUAAUGUAAAAAAUUUUUACUGUAAAUUAUGCUUCUAAUUAAAAGCUGUGUUGU